GAAGCCAGUGGGUAACUGUCAAAUGUAGUACCAACAAGCUAGUGGUUGUGGAACUGCUGGGAUGUGUGGGUGCCAUAGCUCUUAGCCUAAUAUUGUCCUUGUACAUUUAGUUAUUGUAACUUGUAUUAUGUACCAGGUUGUUUCCGAACUAACCUGCAGCACCUUCAACACUGGUAGUUUAUUGCCACCCAAUGGCUGUUACUAGAAGACGCAACGCCGUCGUUCGGGAACAACAGGAUCCUAAUUCUACUGCGCCUCCUCAUCUCCGUCGUGUCGAUGUGGCUCUCGGGGAUGGAGAUGCAGAGGCCCUCCGUCAAGCCCUUGAUAACUUGUUAGGCAGCAUCGAUGACCCGAUUGAGAAUGGAGACACGGCCCUUCAUCUGGCCUGCGUCUAUGGACAUCUCACUUGUGUCCAGAUUUUGAUAGAGAGAGGAGCUUCUCUGGAGGCUAAGGAUGAAGAUGGUGAAAUUCCUCUGCAUGGUGCUUCUGCAGCAGGAUAUGCAGAUAUAGUGCAACUUCUUCUUAAUAAAGGCAGUGAGAUGAAUAUUGUGAAGAGAAUGCUCGACUCUGUUGAUGAAGAGGGUGAUACUCCUCUGCAUCAUGCAGCAAAGGCCGAACAUGUAAAUGUCAUACUGUUGCUGCUAGCUAAUGGAGCUUCUCCGACCACGACCAAUUUUCAUGGCCAGAUCCCAAGUGAGCUAGCUGAUCCAGCUGCUUGUGCAUGAUGGAUAUAACAACAUUUCAUGAAUAAUAAUCAUGUAUUGCUCCAGACCCAAGUUGUGCUGUUCUACGAAGAACCACUUUCAAUACUUUGAGUAUUUCUUUCCAACAAUAAACAAGUGUACUCUUGAAUAGCAGUCAAAUGUAUCGAUUCGAACACAUGCAACUGCUCAUGUAAAAUCGCAGGGAGGGAGCUCCAACCCGCAGAAUUGGAGACAGGUGAUUGGUUGAGAACUCUCCAACCCACCCACAUCUUCUAUUGGAGGGAGAUGACAGCUGGUUUAGAGCUCUCCAACCUGCAAUAUCUUCCAAGUAUAUUUCCUCUUGUUAUCUUCUUUUUUUUUUUGAAAUUAUUGUUAUCUUCUUUUUAGUACAAAAAUUAUAUCAAAUUUGUCGAAAUAUCUUUCUUUAUUCA